CCCGAGGAAAGGUUGCGUUUUGAGCGUCCGUUAUAAUUACGUAAAGUUGAGUGACAGUGGUUUGUGUGUGUGCUUGAUAUGGGAAAGGAGUGAACAGACAAAAUGAAAGUGCGUGACGUCAUAUUAGUAUCGAUAUUGUGUAUCGGUCUGGCGGCCAUCUUGUUUGCGAUCGCUGCGUACUUGUACAUCAGGAGUAGGAGGAGGAAACGGGAGGAUGAUGAAGAGGGGACCAGCUGUGCAAUCAGGGCAGAUUCAUCAGCUACGGAUGGCGGUAGUAUGCGGGAAAAGGGGAUGAGUAGGCUCAAUGGGUUCCUGAACUUAAAGACACCUCUUAUAAGUACGAAAACAUUAGGGGCGCAACUCGAAACCACAUCGACAAGUUCACCACAAGCCAAAUCGCCAGCCGGCAGUAGCGCCGGGGCUGUCGCCAGUGCAUCCACUGCGCAGGGAGAACGUACACCAACAGUCCACAAUAAACAGCUCCAGAAUGUCAAGGGACAGGACCAUCCAACGCAUCCAUCUGUAGAAGAGAAUCGCUCUAUAUCCCUGGUGGACAUGUAUAUCGAUAACACGGAGCCCUCAGAGAAUGUGGGGCAGAUUCACUUCUCGCUGGAGUACGACUUUCAGAAUACAACCCUGAUUUUGAAGAUUAUACAGGGUAAGGAGCUCCCAGCCAAGGAUCUUAGCGGAACAUCCGAUCCCUACGUGCGUGUCACCCUUCUACCUGACAAGAAACAUCGCUUGGAGACAAAGAUCAAACGACGUACCCUGAACCCGCGAUGGAAUGAAACGUUCUACUUCGAGGGAUUUCCAAUACAGAAGCUACAGGCCAGGGUUUUACACCUACACGUCUUCGACUACGAUCGCUUCUCACGGGACGACUCCAUUGGCGAGGUCUUCCUUCCUCUUUGUCAGGUUGACUUCAGCGAAAAGCCUUCUUUCUGGAAGGCAUUAAAACCUCCAGCCAAAGACAAGUGUGGUGAGCUGCUGACGUCAUUGUGUUACCAUCCCAGCAACAGCGUCCUAACUCUGACACUGCUUAAAGCUCGUAAUCUCAAGGCGAAGGAUAUCAAUGGAAAAUCUGACCCGUACGUGAAGGUGUGGCUCCAAUUCGGGGACAAGCGUAUAGAGAAACGCAAAACUGCAGUAUUUAAAUGCACACUCAACCCAGUGUUCAACGACUCCUUCUCCUUCAAUGUACCCUGGGAGAAGAUCAGGGAAUGUUCUCUGGACGUCCAGGUUAUGGACUUCGAUAAUAUUGGCAGGAAUGAGUUGAUUGGACGAAUAUUGUUAGCUGGGAAAAACGGUUCUGGAGCGACAGAAACAAAACAUUGGCAGGAUAUGAUCACGAAGCCACGACAAACCAUAGUGCAGUGGCAUCGCUUGAAACCAGAAUAAAUUGUUAAAAAUUUAAAAAAAACGUCAUAAGACUGAACGGUUAAAUAUGAAUUUCACUUCUUGAAUUUCCAAUGUCGGAAUGGAUGUGCCAAAUUUUUAAUAUCCUUUUCUAUAAACUGAGUACAUGAAUUGCUACGCUAUCUAGUUUUUAAUUUUUAGAUAUUGUCGUUUGAAGUUUGCCUUCAAGAUUUUCCUUCAUGAACAAAUUGCUUUAUUUGUAUUAAUGUUUUAUCAAUUUUCAUAAAUAUGUUGCCACAUCCAUUUCAGACAUUAUCUUCAUGAUCAUGACACUAGUGCUGUGCUACGCAAAUAACAGUUCUAUACAAUCACUGCUAGUCUGUGAUUUUCAGGGUUGCUUAAAAAUGGAAUAAUAAAUAUUUUUAGUAUAAUCACGUUAAUCUUAUAAGAUUUUUUUAGAAAAAAGUAUUUAUACUAAAAUAUGAAAAACCGAAUUGUAUCUGUAUAUUUAAAUAACCCUGACUAGCACAAUACUCAAACACUAAUAAUGUAGUAAUAUGUCAAUUCAGUUAUUUGACGCAGAGCACUAAACGUUACAUUGCUAUGACACUAAUCUUGCAGACUUUAGAAAUCCUCAACGAACGCGUCGCAAGUCUUUUACGUGAGAAGGCAUCAUGCCUUGUGGAGUUUUAUAUUUUACGAUAAAUUGGUAUAUAAGUAGAAAUAGUCUGUACAUUGCUUAAAUAUAACUACAAUAACAAAAAAAGCAUCUUUGACUAAGAUUAGUUUUACAUUACUUUGAUUUAUUUGUGUCAGCCCUCAAAGGCGACUAAAUAAAAAAUUAGUAAAAAAUCCAGUUAUUAUUUCUAAAUAUACACUAUAUACGUCUAUUAAUCUUACUCGAAGAGCAAAUCGAUAAAAUAUAAGGCUCCCAUAUUAAUCGACUUAAGUUUAAUUGUUCCAAACUCUAACAAACAUACAAUGACGUGAUGAUAUUACUCCCUGGGCUUGAGACAAAAUUAUUUAUGACUUGCGUAGAUCACCAACAAACUAAUGUAUAUGAAAACAGUCCCGUGACAAAUUGAGAGCGAUUGACAUUUCAAUUUCGCGUUAUUAUGUGGCAGCUGUCAAAAAUGAUUUCAUCACAAGACUUUUGAAAGCUAUCCCAACACUAUUAACUUAAAUCGAUUAAUACCUUACCUUUCAUACUCUUCUCUAAAUUUGACGUUUUAAUAUAAGAGUUGAAUUGAGUCAAUGUUAAAUUAUAAUUAGAAUUGUCUAUUGUUACGGUAGGUAUUGUAAAAUGAAAGUCGAGUUCGUAUCGCACAAAAUGAGUAGUUUUGACGUUUCGUCAUGUUAUGUAGAAACGUCGAUGUCAGUUCCGUUUGACAGUCGGUGUUAUCAGAACUUUUUACAAUAAAUUAAUGGCCCAUGUCUAUUUUAUUAUAAGAAUUUACUGUACUUGAUACAAAAAUAAAUAGUUUAUAUUGAAUUUUAAAUAACUGUUUUAGUGAAACUUCUAAUUUGACUUCCAACAAGGUUGCGUUAAACGUAUAACACUCCUGAGAUGGGGGCUAGAAAGAGACAGAGCGAGAGUGUAUGCUUCCUUUUCAUUUACACGUUACAAAGUUUCACUUCUUCGGCGUAGAGAGUUUCCACGCACAAUUUUUUUCAUGUUUUAGUAUUAAUUAAACAGAAAUAAAUCAGCACUGAUUAUAUUUUGUAUAUCCUCAAUAAAUUAAUACCAAAAUCAUACUUAAAGUUUUGAUAACACAGACAAUUUAUUUAUUCGUUGCAAAUAGUCUUUAGAAAUGUGGUUUAAUAUAGAAAUGUAGAUUUGUAGUAAGUUACCGUAAUGUUAAUUUUUAAUUACAGGAUUUAUAAUUUUAUUAAUACUAUUUGGAAUGUUAAUAUUAAAGUAAUAGUGAGAUUCUUUAUUGUUAAAGUUAUUUUAAUCAUUGAUGUUUGGAUUUUCUAAAGUUUUAUAGUAGUAAACAAUUUAUAUUUUUUUCUAUUUUGACACUUACACGAAUAGAAACUCAAACUUUUUUGUGUCAAAAAUAGAAAAAAAAUAUAAAUUUGCAUUAUUAAUAAUAUAACAAUAUUGUUGUUAUAGUUAGAUUAGUAUUUGUGUAAAAACAAGUUUAAAUCCACUGCAAUUAUGAUAUCUGUAGUGCGUUAUAAUGUUGCCAUAUAAAAUUUUAUAAUAAAUACUUUUUAAAUCGACUUAGUAGCUAAGUAUUUAUUUUUUUUUAUUUUUUUAGAUUGCAGUGGAAAUAAAAUGUGAAUAAUAUUGAGCUUCAAAUAAUAACUAAAUUGUUGACGUCAUUUUCAAUAACUAUCAUAAUCAUGGAUACGAAAUCUCGUUACAUAUAAUAUAUCAGUCAAAGUCUAUAAAAUGUCAUCGCAAGGGCAAGAAAUCAAUUUCCAUACAAACUUGGCAGGAGCGUAAAGUACUUAGACAUCAAAACCUUUUUAUUGAGAUUGGCGAGACCCAGAUGUUAUUGAAAACGACAAAAUGUAGACUUAUUCUAGAUAGUACGGGCCUUAUUGCGUCACCUUCUAGUUAUAUCUCUGUCUAUUACAUAAUUUUAGAUAAAGACAACAUUAGUCGCAAUGACUAGGUUGAAUCUAGAACAGAAAGCAUAUUUGGGAACUAGAUUGGCUCAGGUUCGUAGGGCUGUCCAAUUUACAUUUGACAAUGAAUCGUAAAAGGAUGAAGUUGUCAACAAUUUAUAUUAGUUAAUUACUGUUUUCGUACAGCAUCUGUAUUUUUUGUGUUUAUGAGGAUCUGUAUUUUUGUGAAAAAAGAUGAGCAGCGUGCAACUCUCAACCCUGAGGUAGAUUCGAAACAUGGCUUCGGUUGGAACACAUCAUGAGGAAACCGGUUUGCCUUAGAUCCAAAAAGUCGAUGGCGUGUGUCAGGCACAGGAGACUGAUCAUACUUGCCUGUUAUAUUGACAAAUUAUCAUGAAACAGCUUCAUAAAUCUGAGGCAAAGAUCUAAAAAGUGUUUUGAUGGAUUUAUUUUUUAUUUAAAGAAUAUAAUUUUUUUAUUUUGUUACAAAUGACGAUAAAACAGACAUUUGCAUGACUUAUAAUAUAGGAUUUAUUAUUGUUUUGUUUUACACUAAUUUUACUAUGAUACUCCUAGUCUGUGGCAAUAUUGUGGCAAAUAAAUUACACAUGAACGUCAUUUUGUUUUUGGACAGCCCUAUCGUUUAAAUAAGUAGUACAUACUGAAGUACUAUAUUUUUUACCGUCGGGUUUAUCAUGUUUUGAGAGCUCCUGUAUAGAGAAUGCUUUUGAAUUAUUUUUGCUACGCAUUUUGGGAGAGAUUAUUUUUGUGUAUGUAUGCUAUCGCUUAAAACGGUGUGAAGGGACUUCUUUAAAACAAAUCUUAAUCAUAUUUUAAAUAUAAAUACUUUAAACGUACUAUAUAUAAUUAUUGGUGGCAGGAAAUGGGAACCGAAAUAAAUGUAAAACCAAACAAACUGGUUUGUCGAAUGACAUAUGACACAUGAAAGCACUUAUUUUAACAAAAAAUAAUAAAAAAUGGUAAAAAUUGCAAGACCACUCAAUGAGUCAAACCCAAUGUUCGCAAAGUGGGGCCAAAGCGAAUCUUAAGCUUAAGAACGACACAAGCAAAAAGUAUUUUUAUUUGUUGUUCUGAUUCCGCACACUUUUCCUCAUACAGUGAUUAUAUAAUGCUGUUUUUGCAAAAUUUCAUAAACCCUUAGUAUUAAUUCAGUCAAAUAGUCUCAUAUAAUUGAACAGUGGCUCGUGGAUUUAGCGUACGGUUAUCAUCUCUGAAUAUGUAAUUUUUAUGUGCACAUUUAAUCGUACAGUGAAGGACAAUAUUGUGAAGAAUCCGACCUUAGACUCAAAAAAUCGAUAGUGACGAGGCAGACGGAAUUACGAAACCACUGGUUACUAAUUUCUUCACUUACUAUUUUUUUAAUUACUAAUUAAUACAGAUAAUUAACUGUUCACGGAAGGUAUAAAGCUUGGUUUCCCAAUCUAAAAAACACCUUCGUUUUAAAUAAUAACUUAUUAAAACCUUUUUGCGUUAUAAAGAAGUUGCUUCGCGCCAAAAUAACUUCAUGGGCAUAUCUCGUAUAGAAUUUUUAGUGUAAGUAUAAUUGAAAGGUCAAAAUGAGAGGAAUUAAAUUAAAUGUACAUAUAUAGAUCUUAAACGUCAUUGACAUACUUCCGGAUUCACUACCUCUUUUGUUUAUGCAUAUUAUUUUGAACCAUAGAUUAUGGAUUAUGAUUACCAUAAUUAUUUAUAGUACCUACGUAUCUAUGGAAGAAAUUGCCUCCUGAAGCGCGAUUAGCAUUUACUUGAACCUGAUAGGCGGAUCUCUCGUAGUUAGCUGAUUUGGAAUCCCGUGGAAUACUCAAUGUUGGAAUUGGAUGAGAGGUUAGGUUAUUAUUUUAUAAAUAAAAUUAUAUAUAUAUUAAAAUGAAUAUUUUUGAACUGUUUCUCAUUUGGGCAUAUUUUACCCAGAAGGAAUGGUUGGCAUAAUCAGGACCUGAGUAUACAUUAUUGAUGCAUAAAGUAAUGCUAAAUAAAUAUAUUUCUUUUAAAGCUUUUUGUAGCUUUGGAGAGCCUUGGCACUUGCAGUAAAAUAUUAUUAAAACCAGGCAUAGAAUACUGAAAAUAAUUCUGAUUGAUAUUUAGUUAUGGUAACUGUAGUCGUGUAUUAUAUUUUUAUUCCGAUUUAAACCUAUUUAGUAAAUACAUAUCAUUAAAAUCUCUUUUCUUUAUAACACAUUAUUUUUAUAACAAAUAUUGAAAAUCUCGAUUACUUAUAUACACUUAUUUUUGUAUUCUCAUCGACAUUUUUGCUCUGUACAAAGCAUUUUUGUUAAACUGUCACUCGUGUCAAAUUUCGCGCGCUGUUCGAUACCGCCUUUUGACAUUUGACGCUUUACCAUGAAAAAUCAGCUCAAAAUGUCGUUUGCAUUUGGUGUCUAUUCUGUGCAAUAUCUGUGGUCUCGUUUUAGUUUAAUAUGUAUUGUGAUAAUUUAUAGAAUACUUGGAGACAUAGUUACAACAAAAUUAACUAGUUAAGCUGGUUUAUUGAUUGUUAAGUAUGUAUAACUUUAUUAAUAUGUUGAAUGCUGUGUGUUUAAUAAAUUAUAUUUUAUGAAAGUAGUAUAAAGUACGUUUUCAUUGUCAAGACGCGGUUAAUUAGUUACAGACCAUGACUCGUGACAAGUGCUUGUACUAGUAAUAGUUACAAAAGCACGCUAAUUUUAAAAUGAUUACUAAUAUAAUUAUAGGCGUUUUAAUUCUGGAAACAGUAUUUUAUCUAUAACAUCCCUUUCUUUCGCAUCUGCAGUCACGACUGACUGGCAACAAUUACAAAAAAAGUUGCAUUUUUAAAAAGAGAAUAAAAUAAGUUUUUUUCAACACGCAUAGCCAUUACAAAUAUUAUUUUGAAUAUCUAUGAAGUUAGUGACAAAAGCCAUUAUCACAGAUUAUUAUUCUAAAACGAGUUCGCAACUAAUAUUAAAUGUUAUAUUAGAAGAAUUGUGAUUUUAACACUAUAUUUAAAUUUAUCGUAAGAUCAAUGUUUAGAUAUAGUUGACAAUGUUAAAAGUGUAUUUAUAGACUGUUAAUCGCUUUGAAGAUUUUUUAUGGUCUGUACGCAUUAUA